GCCCCGCGCUGGUCACCUGCACCUCCUCUCUCGCGAGGAUUCAGCUGCUCAUAAAGACAGGUCACACGCGCGGCCGCUCAUACUCUUCAGACGCCGUCCAUUGUCAGCAGUAUCCGGUAGUAGUAGCGGGAGGAAAGAUGGAAGACAGCAUGGACAUGGAGCACAUGGCUCCCCUCCGCCCGCAGAACUUCCUUUUCGGUUGUGAACUUAAAGCAGAGAAAAAGGAGUAUGCUUUUAAGUUGGAUGAUGAUGAAAAUGAGCACCAGUUAUCUCUGAGAACGGUUAGCUUAGGUGCUGCUGCUAAAGAUGAACUACACAUUGUUGAAGCCGAAGGAAUGAGCUAUGAAGGAAAAACAAUCAAGAUUGUUCUUGCAUCCUUGAAACCAUCUGUACAACCAACAGUAUCUCUUGGUGGAUUUGAAAUUGCACCUCCCGUAGUUUUCAGGCUUAAGUCUGGUUCUGGUCCUGUAUAUGUCAGUGGACAACAUCUUGUUGCUUUAGAAGAUUUGGGGACAUCGGAUGAGGAGGAGGAGGAAGAAGAAAAUACAGAAAGCACAAGGAAUGCAAAAAGGCCUGCUGCUUCAACAUCUAAGGUUCCUCAGAAAAAGCCUAAAUUAGAAGAGGAAGAUGACGAUGAUGACGAAGAUGAUGAAGAUGACGAAGAUGAUGACGAAGAUGAUGAGGAGUUUGAGGAUGAGGAGGAAGAAACACCAGUUAAAAAGACUUCUAAAGUCCCAAAACCAAAAUCUGCUCAGAAAUCAAACCAUAAUGGAAAAGUUUCAGAACCGUCCACACCUGCUAAACCUCCAAAAACGCCAGAACAAAAAGGGAAACAAGAGGGCAAGCAAACGCCUAAUAGGUCUCCAAAGGUCCCCUUUACACUUGAAGAAAUUAAAGCAAAAAUGCAAGCAACAAUAGAAAAGGGUUCUGUCCUUCCUAAAAUUGAAGCAAAGUUCACAAACUAUGUGAAGAAUUGUUUCAGAACAGACAACAAAAAGGUUAUUGAUGACCUCUGGAACUGGAGAAAGGCUCUGAAAGACUUAAAAUAACUUGUCUUUUUUCCCUUUGGUUGUCAGCUGGUUUAUUUUCGCAUUUUAUAUAUUUUUUUUUUUUUUAAAUAAAAAGUUGAGAACAAUUUGGUCCUAUGUAAAUUUCUAACAAUUUGCUAAGCAAUUCUGACGUUCCACCUGUUUUGUACAUUUCAGUGUUCUAUUAUGGCAUAAUAAAGAUGACCAGACAAAUGAA